AGGUCCCGGUCACGUGCAGACAAGCGUGGCCUGCCGCGGGCGCCGCACAUUCCGUUGCCCGUGUCGUGCGUGCCGUGUCAUAUUUUGAUGCCGCCAGUCAUGUGACUAAACCGGCCGGCAUUCAGUCAGUCCAGUCUUGUUCAAACGUUCAGUCGGGGCGCUCGCUAGUGCCACCCGUUCGUUUUGUACAUUAUACAUGCAGAUUAACUUACUCUACUACGGCGUUUGGUUACCGAAAAUGGAAUGCAAAGACCUCACUUAAAUAUAUUUGUGAAGUGUGUGUUAUCAAUUCAGAAUUUACGUGAUUGUGCUGGUGUUGACAUUGUGAUCUUUUCUGUUGCGAAGUAAAUAUGGAAACAAGGCAUUAUUGGGAGGAGAACGGGCAUGCCGUCAAAUACGAAAGCUACAACACGACAGAGGAGUUCCGGAAUGGCGAGCAACUGGGCUUCGCGGCACCCUCAGAGGACGAGGACUACCAGGCCGGCUUUCUGAAGAAGGGGAAGGUCGCCAGGCAAGACCCGAUGUCCCACCGAAUCAUCGAGAAGCGGCGGCGGGACCGUAUGAACAACUGCCUCGCGGACCUGUCCCGCCUCAUCCCGCCCGAGUACCUCAAGAAGGGCCGCGGUCGCGUCGAGAAAACCGAGAUCAUCGAGAUGGCCAUCCGACACCUCAAGUUCUUACAGGAGCGAGCCAAUGCGGCCGAGCGUGUGGCGGGCGAGGAGUUCCGUGCUGGCUUCCAGGAGGCGGUCGUCGAGGCGGCCAGGUUCCUCGCGGAGGUGCAAGGCUACGGGCCGGCGGACGGGCUGUGUGUGCAGCUGGCCUCGCAUCUGCAGAGACACGUCGAGAUGAUUACUAAAGGCGAAGCCCCCCGCGAGAAGCGGCACCCCACCUCCUCCUCAGAGACCGCCAGUUCCUCCAGCUCCUCGCAUAGCCACGUGCCGCGCGACGGCGGGAUCGCACGCCGGCUGGAACCGCCGCAGCCCGAGCCCUAUCAACAGCCCGAUCAGUACCCGAUGGAGUGCGAUAGAGAAGGUCUCAUCUCUAUAGCAGUACGCACACUUCGAGGUCUGGCGGUGCCAAGGACUAUGCCGGAUCGCAAUCGCACCGUGACCAACGUGGUCGCAGCACCCGACGAGGCGCCUCCGGGGGGCGAGCCCAUGGCGCUGGACGGGCACCGCAAGAGGGAGCUAACGCUGCGGACCAUAAGGAAGCCCGAACACGGCGAGGACUUCUUACACUCGUACAAGUUCAAGAACUCCAUUGAGAGAAGGUUUUCGAGGUCACAGGAUUGUGAGGCGACGGACAUGACGGUGCGCGGCGCGCCAUACAAAAACUACGGCCACAAGCGGCGACGCGCCACCAAACCGGCGCUCUCCACCACCUCCACCUCCAACUCGGGCUCCAUGGAGGACCCGCCGGACAGCUCGCCACAGGACACGUCGAGCGACUCCCAGCACCAACACUACGAGAAGCCGCCGGCGCCGCCCGCGCAGUACGUGCCCGUGUUCGCGCUCAACUCGCUCGGCAAGUACUACGUGCCCCUGAGCGUGGAGUACUCGUGCCUGGCGCGGGCCGGGCACCUCGGCCCCUCGCCGUGCGCCGCCCACCCCGCGCACCCCGCCCACCCCGCACACCCCGCACACCCCGCGCUCCCCGCGCCGCUGCACCCCGUCACCAUCCACGUCAACUUCCAGCCUUGCCGAGACUACCACGUCAAGCGCGAGCCCCGGGACCGAGACUGCGCAUGGCAGCCCGUGUGAACGGGACCAUUGCUGUCAUCUACCGAUGUCAUACCUCAACUAUCUUGUGAAAAGGGAGCCGCAUGAGCGUCUUUAAGCGGGAUGUUGCUAUUCUGAUUACUGCUAGCGCCGAUCGUGGGGUGAUUACUCUACACGGCAAACGCGGGACCACGUCGGGGCGCCUGCUGAUCGUGCUGACCGCUUGUCGCGGUAAACGUGGCCGUGGCGUAAACCACUGGUCGUUCUAAGUGCGAUAGGCACCGGACGCCCUCAUGGCAGAUACAAUCAAUCUCAGCCAUGUAAAGAAAUUGCUGAAUACGCCACUUUAAACACGCAUAUUAUCUUCUUCUUCUUCUUCCAGUGCCAUCUCCUACCGGAGGUCGGCUAUCAUGAGGGUUAUACGAACUUUAGACGCAGCCGCGCGGAAUAAUGAGCGUGUGCUCUGUUUGAACCAUGUUCGGAGAUCUUUGAGCCAUGAGUUACGUCUUCGUCCGGAUGAUCUUUUACCUAAGUAUUAUCUAAGUGUCCAAUAUACCUUAGUAGGCUCCGGGUCAUAAAACUAGGCCAAUAACGAUCGUUGUUAUUGUGUUUACUUCCAAUAAUUACAACACAAGAUGUUUUAAUAAAAUGCUAUGGUGGCUGGUCAAUUGGUCAUCGUAACGCUCAUCAAAAGCAAAAGCAAAGCGUGAAGAUAUAGGUAUAGGUAAGUAACACCGCCAAAUGCAACCAUAAUGGCAUUCAAUAAAACUCGCUGAACCUGCGAAGUUCAAUACAAACUCCACACCUGUUACGCUCACUACGAGAUUAUUAAUUACAGUAUAAAUGUGCAGUGUCUGGAAAAUUAAAUGGACGCUUAUUUAGACGAUAUAGUGCCGGUCUAGUGCAAAGACGAUUUUAAGUUUAAACGUUAACGGAUUUAAGUCAUUUAAGAACUUUUAUCUAUUUUUAUUCGGUUAAGUGACUUUAGGGACUAAGUGUUGAGACAAAAGGGACGGGAGUAGAGUCUAAGUAUCGAUGACAAUAAUCGAUGUUCGGUUCGUGGAAUAUUAAAGUUUAAGUUUUGAUUAAAAGUCGCAUAAGAGAACAACCUUGUUUCACAAAGCUUGUAUCACUUCGCAACCAGACCAGUGUACGUUUGACCUCCGAAGACGAAAAUCAUAUUUCAUGCGAAACGAUGUGUGUUUGCAGUCAUUUGGAUUCUGACUGUCCUUAAUUAUUAUCCUUUAAUUUCAUACCUAACACUUAAUAUUUGUAUUAAGUGGUGAAACGGGUUUUAAAAUUAAAUGCCUAUUCAACACUACAGAUUGUAAUAAAUGCAAAUACUAUGCACCUUAUUUAUAAUAACAAUAACAUGGUAUGUUUCAAUUGUUAAUUGCAAUGUACUUAUUAGGAAACACUGACUGUACCUCCAAUGUUAUAUGUUUGGAAAAUUUUAUACGUAAAUAUUUUAGAUAUCUAAUUUAGAAUCGUUGUUUAAGUAAGUGUCAUGUCAUGUUAAUAUUUAUUGUUAAUAUUAACUCAUUCCAAAACAGAUAUGCUAUUUUGUUUACCUUAGAUAUAUUUAAUUUAUCUAGAAAUAGAUAACGAUUUCAUUGACAAUAUGCAUAAUGCCUUUGCCCAAGUUGUAAUUUUAUAAGGAUGAAUUUCAUUAAAGUUGUAAAUAAUUAAAGGAUUGACUUUAUUUGCAGAUUAAUUGGGUUCAUUGUGUAAUUAUUUAAUGUAUGGCUUUACAAUCGUAACAUGAAGGAAUCGAUUACAUUGUAGACGAAUUAACCUUUUCGACGCCGUGUCAAACACAAAAGCGGUCACUCGGACGCCACGUCACCAAAGUGUCAAAACUGAAAUUGAACUUUAUGCACACGUACGUAGGUCUAUGUUGCUCUGUGGUCUUUGACCGAUUAAUCCGUCUGGCGUUGGACCUACGGUGCCGAUAUAUCCGUCAUUGGCGUCCAGAAGGUUAAGAUCUAAGUUAAGGCUUUAACCCAUAAUUCGGCAACGUUCAAAAUACUGGACAUAAUUUUGUAUUUUAUUUAUUUAAUCCGCUUUUUGAAUUUUUCUUAACCAGAAUUAAGCAACUAUUGAGCACCGAGGUUUUAUCUCACGACCUUCCGUGUUUUCUAUCGAAUUAAGGGUUAAUAUUUAGGUACAAGAAUAUGGAAUUCACCCAUAAUGUAAAUAAAUAUAGGUAGAAGUAUAGUUAAUGAUUCUAGUUCUUAAUUAUGGCUGUGAACCAACGGUAAUAGUCAGAGCGUUAUUUUAUAUGACAAAUGAUUUGUUGCAAUUGGAAUUGGAAUAUUACAUUGACUAUUCAGUCUUCAGUGAUUACCUAUUUUUAUUACACGCACCUUUUUUAUUGCCUACACGAGAAGACUAAUAAUUAUUUAUUAAGCUAAUACUCUCUGUUAGUACACAUAUUUUUGAAUUUUGAGAUCCCAUUUUCACUGUAUUAUUAAAAGUAGAGAUAUAUAAAUAAUGUACCUACCUACCUACAUGUUAUCUUGUUGUAUAUUGCACAAACGCUUUACCGGUAUUUCAUUACAAGCAUCAAAUAGAUAGUGACACAUCCUUAUUUUUAUAUCGACAAAGGUGUGCUACACGAUAUAUUUGGGCACUUUCUAUUUACAUAGGCGCGAUUCAUUUCGUAAGACGAUUUUUGGCAUAUUUUGACCCCCUCCCUUUUCUAUGUAAGAAAAAAUAAGAAUAGUUCGACCCCUACCCCCCUGUUUAAUAUUUAUUACGUAAGAAUCUGAAGGAAAAAUCGGGUUUGUUUUUAUUUCGAUUUUUAAAGAAACAAUUUUAGGAACUUUUAUUUUGUAAAAGUAAAAAAUUUUUUUUAAAUAAUCAACUGGCUUGAUAGUUUGUCUUUGUCGGCACUCGCACGGAUGCACGCGCUUUUUCGAAGUAUAUAAUCUUUACUUGCGCAUUUUUGUGAUCUUACGUAAGAACUAUCAAGACUCCAACCCCCCUGUAAGAAAAACUAAGACAGUCGACCUACCUUCCCCCUAAAUUGCCUUAAGUAAUAGCGUCAUAUUUUAUGUUGACUAUAAUUAGUACGUACAUAGAAUUUAGAACUACAAGCAUUUUGUUUAGCCCGAUUGCAACAAUGAAUUUGUUUUCAUCUAUAUUUUAUUAUAUGAAUAUUUUUAUGUGUAGAUUUUCUACCACAGACAACUACUAAACUAAUAAGUUGGGCCUAUUACUGUUAACGACAAGUUUUUACUCUCCCAGAGCGCUCACUAGAUGGCGUGACGUUAAGUGAAGGGCAAACUGCAGUCUGAGCUUAUCUACGGAAAUUGAGGUGCAUUAUCAGUCCUUUUUAUAUUCUGGUCUCUGGUUAACCCUCUGAACGCCACGCUUAUCGUGUGCGGAGCGUCAGUUGACGUCUUUGGCGGGCAAAGGGUUACGUUUACCCUUCAACUAAACACGUUCCGCGAGUGUACGCUCUAUGACUGAGUUGUUAAUCAUAACAGAGUAAAGAUGGAUGUAGUUAGGAAAUUCGUAUCAAGUGUAUAUUCGAUGUUGAGUUGUAUGAACUAUGAAUAGAUAUUUUUGUAUAUAUAGUUAAGAAUUAUACGUUAAUAUUUUACGAUAAAA